AUGGCUGCAAAAGAACGUUGUUGUGUUCCAAGCUGUGGUUCACAAAAUCAUAUCCUGCACAAGUUUCCUCACCCUGAAAAAGAAUCUGACCGUUUUAGAACAUGGCUAUGUGCUGUUGGAGGAGAUUUACUGUCACUGGAUAACAACUACAUUCACAAGUAUCGAAGUGUAUGCCAUUUGCACUUUGAGUCAAGUUACUACACUUGGAGUAAAAGGCUAGCUCAUAAUGCCAUUCCAACUUUCCAUCUACCAGUAUAUAUUUUACUCUUUGAUGAAAUGUCAUUGAAAAAACAUCUCCAUUAUAACCCGAAAGAAGAUCUAAUUGAAGAUUAUCAAGAUCACGGUUGCCAAGAAAGGUCAGCAAACAUUGCAGCAUAUGCCUUGGUAUUUAUGAUCGCGGGAAUAAAGAAAAAAGAGAAGCAACCCAUAACCCACUACUUUUCAAGUGCAUUUUCUACAGCGGACCGAUUGGCAGUGCUCAUUAAAGAGGUUUUAAAUGAGUGUUUUAAUGCAGGCAUCAAUGUGACUGCUACAGUUUGCGACAUGGAUGGUGUUAAUAGAAGGGCAAUGCAGGGCAAAGGCAAGAGAAGAUGGACAAUACAAGCCCGAACUUUGUUUAUGCGCCAGCCU